AAAUUGAUUAAAGUUGAUUAUUUACACUUUUCUCUGUUUUGGAGUUGGACGCAGAUCUGAGAGAUCUAGAGGAAGAAGACGAGACGAAGAAGCAGAGCAGCAAAUGGCAUCCAUGGCGGCAGGACCAGAUCACCUCUUCAACCUGAGAAACAGUUUUUACCUAGGUGCAUAUCAAGCGGCGAUCAACAACAGCGAGAUCCCUAAUCUUUCGCAAGAAGAUAUCGUCGAGCGUGAUUGCCUUGUCCAUCGCUCUUACAUCGCUCUUGGUAGCUACCAGCUGGUCAUCAAUGAGAUCGACGAAGCGUCGGCUACUCCUCUUCAGGCAGUGAAGCUCCUUGCUAUGUACCUUUCGAGCCCUGAAAACAAGGAAUCAACCAUUGCUAGCUUGAGGGAAUGGCUGGCAGAUCCAACUGCUGGGAGCAAUGCUACCGUUAGGUUGAUUGCUGGUACUAUCUUCAUGCAUGAGGAAGACUAUAGUGAGGCUCUCAAGCACACUCAUUCUGGAGGAACCAUGGACCUGCACGCUUUGAAUGUCCAGAUAUUCAUAAAGAUGCACAGGUCAGAUUAUGCAGAGAAACAGCUGAGAGUGAUGCAACAGUUUGAUGAAGACCACACACUCACUCAACUCGCAAGCGCAUGGUUGAACCUGGCAGUAGGGGGUUCCAAGAUACAGGAAGCUUAUCUAAUCUUCCAGGAUUUCUCUGAGAAGUACCCAAUGACAAGCUUGAUCUUGAACAGCAAGGCGGUUUGUUGCAUGCAUAUGGGUAACUUUGAAGAAGCUGAGACUCUUCUGCUUGAUGCACUCAACAAGGAUGCGAAAGACCCAGAAACUCUUGCAAACUUAGUUGUGUGCAGUAUUCAUGUGGGGAAACCAUCUCCACGCUACCUAAGCCAGCUGAAACUGUCACAUCCAGAACAUGUACUUGUGAAGCGAGCAGCUUCAGCUGAAGAUAACUUCGAGAGAGCGCUUCAAUCUUUCGCCUGAAAGACCUCAAAAUCCAUGGUUCAGCUAAAACUCACCUCGAAUCGAUUUGCUAUAUUAUCUACCAGAAAGAGCAUCUUAUUCUUACAACCCUGCCUUGAAACUAGUAUAUGAACUGUUUUUCCUCAUUGGACAUGUUGCAUUUUCUUUGAUUUCUUCACUGAAGCUUUUGUUGUCAUUGUGUUUCAAAUCCAACAGUAGAUCUUAUUCCAUAAAAUCCAAAACCAAACAUAACUGA